GGCCGACGAUACAAGGAAAUUCUACGAAUCAAGAUACAAAUUUUACCAUUUUGAAUCACUGAUGGAAUCUCUCUGGAUUUACUGCCGUUUAUAAUUGAUUUCAAACUGACGUGAUGGAUGGAGAUCCGGAAGAAGAACAUAAAAUGCAAAAUGAAGAAAGUAUGCAUACAUCCACUGAAAAUAAUGCCAUUUCUCAUCUCAUCAUGGCCAGUGCAAUGAUGUCUAGGGAUGUGUCAACUGGUAACUCUGAUAUUGACGUUACAAACAUUGAUGACCCCCAUGUCUCCCUUACUGACAAUGUCAAUGGACACUACAUGGCAACUUCUACAUCCGCAAUGGCUGCGGUUCCCCCUCAAAUACGGCGUCAUUCUGACCCUUUGAUUGCUGUGGAGCGGCAGCCAGUUUCUCGGUCCCCUCAUCAGUCCCCACUCCCUUCACGUUUUGCCACGUCUCCCUCCCUAUCCCUGUCCACCCAUAGUUCCUCCCCACCCCCAAUCAUGAUGUCUGAUCGUGAAUUCUCACACAGUGAAGAUGGCAGCUCCUACAUAAUGACCGGUGACCUGGAUGACCUCAGGAAGUAUGAACCCAUUAACAUUGACACAACAGACCAUGGUGAGGAUGCCACCUACACCCUGCCCGACUCCUCCCCUGAAAUGGCAGCCUAUGACAAUGGGGCAAAGGCACAGUACAAGACGUAUAAAUGUCGCCUUUGUAGCUUCACAGCAACAACAUAUACACAACUACAGCUUCACAUGCCAAGACAUGGAGGUGUGAAGGCACUGAAAUGUCCUCUAUGUGAUUACUCUACCAAUGACAAAAGCAACUUUCGCAGACACAGAAGACUACACAUUGGGAACAAUCCUGUCAGUGUGCUCAAGUGUGAGAAGUGUACCUACUCCACAAUACUUCCCCGUAAGUUCCGUGAGCACUACAGUCAAGUACACAAUGAACAAAUAGGCCCUAACUACCAAUUUCAGACCAAUCCGUACAGACCGUCUGGCUAUGAUACUGCUCAAUACAAAUACAGAUUAGGUCAUGUUGACCUAAAUCCCAGCCAUAUCCCCACGUCUACCGCCCCUCAAAGCAUGGCUGCAACCACAGCCCUUCACUCUCUUCUAAGAGGAAUUCACUCUACACCAGUGCACUAUGCUCAUCAACCUGCCCAGCCCAUACAAGGCCAGUGUUUGGGACAAUACCCAGGCUAUGCUGCCCCUGUUAGACAAGCCGCUGAUGAAUCUCACAUGGCAUCCAACUACCUUCGAUCCAUCGUAUCAUCUAUCAUGAACAAUCCUCAGACCGUCUCCAUGUCAACUCCAAGCAGCACCAUAUCAUCCUCAGGCUUUUACAUGGCAGCUGACCCCACACAGCAGCAGCAGCAACAACAACAGCAGCAGCAACAACAACACAUGCGUGUUGCACAUUCUCCCAUACAAGUGGGCAUGCAGACAAUGCAAGGUCAUGUCAAGGUUAAGGUCGAGCCUCCUGAUCACCCAGACACUCCAGAGACAGCCGAUGUGUCCAGUACUGCUCCUCCCCGACGACAUCAAUUUUUAUCAGAUCAAGAACGCCGCUUGGAUAUGCAUCCUUUCUCUCGGAGUUAUUCGGAAGUGGAAGACGGUGGCAUGGUCAUGGAAUGUAAUGAGGUGGCAACUACUGCUGAAAUAAGGCAAACCUUGUCUGCUGGUUCUGGCCCCUCUCAAAGAGGAGACCGGUCCAGUAUAGAGUUGAGGGCUACAGCCAGUGUGGACGACACAGUCAACACCACCGUAAAAAUGGAGAUGUCAAGUGUGGGCAUUCAGUGCUCUAUACCAAUAAUCAAAACAGAGUCCAGCAUUGUCAGUGAUACCCCACAGACUUUGUCAGCAAGCUGUGUUGAGCGUGGUGUGCAGUGCGAGAUCAUGACUUCAGGUCGGUGUAUGAAUCAAAGAUCUCGCUCACUUCCCGGGGGAGAGUCCAACUUCACAGAACAACAAAACUUUCAGCUCACAGAAAACAGGUGUAAUCAUUGUGGUAUCACGUUUGAUGAUGAGGUUCUAUUCUCCAUUCACAUCGGAUGCCACAGUCACACAGAUCCUUUUGUCUGUAAUGUCUGUGGCAAACAUUGUGGCAACAAAUAUGGUUUUUACUCUCAUAUAAUGAGGGGCCAUCACUACUGACAGUAACUACUUUUAAAAACAAGCAAGUGGCGCCCACACCUGUCUGUGGCUUCACUUAUCUGUAUAAUGUUCUCAUCAAAUGGGAAGCUGUGUAUGUGCUAUCAUGUUGUUGCUAUACAACACAAAAACAGUGGCAGUUAUAUUUUUAAAAACUCUUGUGUUAUGUAUUUAUCUGUAUAUUAUCUCAUUGAAUGAGAUCCUGUGCUGUUUACACUGCCGCUGUAGGCAAGUUUAGGGCCCAGUUCUUCAGAGUCAGAUUACUAGUACAAUAAGUCGUUAACACAAAUAUUCAAGAUGUGAUUUUUGAGAAAUAUCUGGAAACUCACAAAUAUUUCUGUGCUUUUUGUCAUAAGACGAUCAUCUUGAAACUGUACCUAUAUAUGGUACAUGUAAUUUUAGUUACGGAUUUCAGUAUUUUUUAAGAUUCUCGACUUAAAACUUUUCUGUUGACUUGUCUUGAAGCUAGUCAGCCUUUAAACAAUUGUGCCCUGGUUUUAAUCCUUUGUCAUGUAGCUUCUUAACCAUCCUCCAUUUACUAGUCAUUGACUAGAAGGAGUUGCAACAAGUUUAUAAUUGAUGUAAAGUUAAAGAAUUAUCAUUUUGCAAAAGAAAACCACAUUCAUGAUGCCAUAUUAUAAGGUAUUUAUAACACAAAGGGAUAUAAUUGUUUUAAAGUGAUAACUUAAUAUUCUGCCAUAUACAUGUAACAAAUUAAGACUUGCCGAAUUACUAUUAUACAUGUACUGUAUAUGAAGAGUAAGCCAUUAGCCAAUUCUGGUGUUAACUUAUCCCACCAUGCCCACUGGCUCCGGAAUGUAAUUUUUCUUCAGUGCCAGGUCCCUGGUGCACGCUCAUUUUUCAAGAAACAACUUUUAGGCCAGUGUCUUUUAUUCUUACAAUAUACAUAAACAUCAGAGUUGUUCUAAAAUAAUCCAUCUUGAAAACUUCUUUAUUUGACUCUUGUUUAAGAAACAUAGGUUAAACAUGUUUUGAUCUGAUUUUUAAAGGGCUUGUUGCAAUUUGACCAGUUGGCAUCAAAUUAAGUAUCAUCAUUCAACUGAACAAUUGUAACUUUCUAUAAAUAUGUCCCAGUUGUAAGUGUGUCUAUGUUAUAUACUGGGCAUCUAUGUACCUCUACUGUACUCUGUUGAGUACCCUAGGCCUAUGUAUAUCAUGAGCAUGGCAUCUGUUCAUAUAUCUUAAUUCUACCAUCGAAGUAACAAAUAUGAAGAAUUCAGCAGGAAAACCAUUAAAUUUUCUAUUUUGUAUUUUUUUUGUAAGGAAAAUGACAAAAAUAUUGGUCCAUCAAAAAAGGUUCGGGAAUGAGUAGUGUUAUAUUUGACGUCAGGUUCUAAUGCUGUCACACUUGGUUUUGCGCCGUUUUGAAUGGGUAACACAACACAGUUUUACUGAUCACUGCUUUUAUCGGGCAAGGUUUGAAUAAAAACCUGAUAUCAAUUGUGUCGUUACGUAAUUUUAACCUUUUUUCCAAUUGAUAAUUUCCCAUAUUUCACUGAUGAAUAUGAAAUGAAUAUUAUUGACUGUACUUUAUAUAUUAUAUAGUGCUACAUGUACUGUUUAUGUAGUGUUGAUUGUAUAGGUUUGUCGUUAGUUCUACGCUGUCUUGUCAUUACUCUUCACUAAAUUAUAGUGUUGAUAUUAACUGUUGCUUGAUGUAUGGACGUAUCACAUGUAAAGUACUUAUUCAAAAAUUGGCGGGUGAUUUUCCACUUUGUGUGCCUAAUAGCUAGGUUGAUGGAAAUGAUGGAACCUACUGAAUGGCCUGAUACAUGUAUUUCAAACUGGGGGGUAAGAUGAACAGCCCCAAAUAAAAGUGGUGUUAACUGGUUUUCACCAGAAGUGCUCCUCCCUAUAUGUUACCUAACUGUCUGUGAGAAAUGAUUUGAUUCUGACAUUGCUUGAGUAACAGGUAUAUAUGUACUUACCUACACAUAAGUUCAGGUACAUGUAUAUAUACCAUCAUUGAUUGUUCUACAUGUUUGAAUCAUACUGCAGAUAUACAUUUUCUAAAAACUUUAUCAAAAAUCAUGUCAAUAUUUAACUGUUUUAGCUGUUCAAGCAUUUCUAGAAAAAAAAAUCCAUCUGAAAGUCAAAGUUUGUUAUAAUGUAUACAAUACAUGUAUUAUAUUUACAGUAGAAAUGGUCGAAACACAAACUCAUAAGUCCAGCGUUUUGAAGAAUGAUGCCCCCUUAAUUCUGUCAUUAUAUAACCUAUGUGGGGUGCAUAUAUUGAUUUCUAUAGCUUUAAUUAUGGUCUGUGAGAAUCUAGAUUGCAUACACUUGCAUUCAUGACAUACUUCUGAGAAAUUAAAUUUUUGUUUGUGCUUAUUUGGAUGUUUUAUUGUGGAAAUGUUUACAGAUGAUAAGAAGAAAGUCUAGUGACAGUGUCUUUGUAGGGAUGCUUUACCAUACAUUGUAGCUUUAGCCCUGUAUAAAACAACCCUGAUUUUGUUAUGUGUUCUCCUUCAUACUUACGAAGAAAAGAAUAUACACAUUGAUUGAUGUUUGGGAGAGAUUUUUGAAUUGCUCAUUUAUAUAUCUUUUGUUGAACUUUACAGUGAGAACAGCCCUGUAUGCAAUAUGUAGAAUUCCUAAUUAACCGAGGUAUAGCUAGUGCCAUGUUAAAGAUUUAGAUCUACCGCAAAAUGUUUUGUAUGAUAUGGUGCUUGUGUACUUGUUCUUAGAAUAGUUGUUGUAAAGGAACUAGACAGAUUCAAUUGUCGUUGACCAGGCUAGAGCCUCCGCCCAGAGUUCAGGGGUCAUGGGUUCAAAUCCCUGUCUGGCCAUUGCAAUGUUCCUUUCCUGUUGUGUAUACAAACAUAUAUAUACUGGCUAUAUAUAUGGUUUAAUGAAGUUACAUGUUAAAAGAUACAAAAAUUAAAU